GUGACGUCACCGCACCCGCGGCCUCCAUCUUGAAGCCGCGGCCUCAGAGUCCGCUCCUCCCGCCCCGGGCAGCGGCCUCCCCGGUAUCCGCCUUCAUCGGGCGUCCGGGACCAGCACCGGCCAGGGUCAGCAUGGCGGGAGCUGGCGGAGGCAAUGAUAUCCAGUGGUGUUUUUCUCAGGUGAAAGGAGCUGUGGAAGACGAUGUAUCGGAGGCUGAUAUAAUCUCUACUGUAGAAUUUAAUCAUUCUGGAGAGCUGCUAGCCACAGGAGAUAAAGGAGGACGAGUGGUCAUCUUCCAACAAGAGAGCAAGAGUCCGUAUCACAGGGGGGAGUAUAGCGUUUAUAGCACUUUCCAGAGUCACGAGCCAGAGUUUGAUUACUUGAAGAGCUUAGAAAUUGAAGAGAAGAUCAACAAGAUCCGGUGGUUACCCCAGAAAAAUGCAGCACAGUUCCUGUUGUCUACUAAUGAUAAAACAAUUAAACUGUGGAAAAUCAGUGAACGAGACAAGAGACCAGAAGGGUACAACCUGAAGGAAGAGAAUGGGAGGUACCGGGAUCCAACCACUGUUACCACGCUCAGGGUGCCCGUUUUCCGCCCCAUGGACCUCAUGGUCGAAGCGAGUCCUCGUAGGAUAUUUGCUAAUGCUCACACGUAUCACAUUAACUCCAUCUCUGUGAACAGUGACUAUGAGACAUACCUGUCAGCAGACGACCUGCGGGUCAACCUGUGGCAUCUGGAGAUAACAGACAGGAGCUUUAACAUCGUAGAUAUAAAACCUGCUAAUAUGGAGGAGCUGACAGAGGUGAUCACCGCGGCCGAGUUCCACCCGCAUCACUGCAAUACUUUCGUAUACAGCAGCAGCAAAGGCACCAUCCGCCUGUGUGACAUGCGAGAGUCUGCGCUCUGCGAUCGCCACUCCAAAUUGUUUGAGGAGCCCGAAGACCCCAGCAACAGGUCAUUCUUCUCAGAGAUCAUCUCCUCCAUAUCGGAUGUGAAGUUCAGCCACAACGGCCGAUACAUGAUGACCAGGGACUACCUGUCGGUCAAGAUCUGGGACUUGAACAUGGAAAGCAGGCCUGUGGAAACUUAUCAGGUUCAUGAAUACCUCAGGAGUAAGCUAUGCUCCUUAUAUGAAAACGACUGCAUCUUUGACAAGUUUGAGUGCUGUUGGAAUGGGCCUGACAAUGUUGUCAUGACCGGCUCAUACAACAACUUCUUCCGGAUGUUCGACCGCAACACCAAACGCGAUAUCACCCUGGAAGCUUCGCGGGAGAACAGCAAGCCGCGCAUGGUGCUGAAACCUCGAAAGGUGUGCGCCAGCGGCAAGCGGAAGAAGGAUGAGAUCACGGUGGACAGUCUGGACUUCAACAAGAAGAUCCUGCACACGGCCUGGCAUCCCAAGGAGAACAUCAUUGCCGUUGCAACCACCAAUAACCUGUAUAUAUUCCAGGAUCGAGUCAAUUAGCCCUGGCCGUUUCCUGCAGGACGCUCCCUGGUCCACCUAGUUCUAAUAGUCGAGCCUAGAAUUCUCUUACCCUGUUCCAAACGGAAGAAAACUUACAGCAGCGCGGGAACUUUUGCCAGUCCCUCCCAGUCUGACUUUUUUCCAGUGUUUAAGGUGCCAUCAAAUAUUAUUUUUUUUUAUAGCUGCGCAGGUUGAAUUCCUGCUCCUACCGUUUUCUCGCCCCGCUAGGGGAACGGUUGGGUUUACUGUAUUUUUUUGUGUUCUUUUUAACCAUCUCGUCUGGCGAGUAGAUCCUUCUUUUUUUAUUAUUAUUUUGCGAUGUCAGCUGCAGUACCAGCCUUCUCCCUAUAGGAUUUUUUAUUUUUUUGUUCUUUCAUUAAAAGCUGUUAAGCGGUGGGAUCCUACAGUACUAAUGGGUUUAAUAUGUCUAACCUCAUAACAUUUCUCUUCUCCUCAAUUGCAAAACUCCAUUUUUUUGUUUGUUCUUUAUUCACUCCGUUUCCUGUAUGGCUUGUAUUGGUUUUUGUCCAUCCUCCCACCCCACCCCCUUACUCUGUUCCCUAUAGAUUCCAUAAUGCCCUUCCUCGCCCUACCCUGCGCUGGUGAAGAUCCGACCGCUGUACGAAGCACACAGGGAGAUAGGUUCACCUAGGCAGGGUUGGUGGGAUAAGCUUAUUCCUGGAAGUCCUGAUCACGUUUUAAUGACGACCUGACUGUAAUCACUUCUUGCCUUGUCUGGCACUGAAAGGGGAGGGGGAUAAAAAAAAGACUUAAAAAAAUAUAAAUAAAAAGCCAAAAAAGUAAGGAUAAAAAAAAACUACUGAAUAAAAUACAAAUGGAGAAA